CAGAAGCAAGAGCAGCUAGAUGGGAGUUCACUUUGCUCCACCCCUUCUCUUUUCUUUUAAACAGGAGAGCAGAAGUUUUCCUGUGGUCUGCCAGAGUCAUUUUCAAGAUUUCCAGAGGACAAGGCCAGUCUGGACAGGUGCCUGCCAUCUCCACCAUGAAGCAGCUUUCCUUUGCAACGUACCUUCCCAUCAGCCUCGUCCUCUUGUCUGCGUCCUUGCACACAACUUGCUUAGCAGAAACACACAACUCUUCAUCCGUUCCUUUUCCUGUGUCAGACUCGGCAUUCAUAGCACAGUGCUCUGAUUUAGAUUUCUGCUCUAAGGCUGCCCAGUGCUGUAAGCAUGGAAUGGAUGAAGAUGGUUGGAUUGCAGCAGCUAUUGGCUGGAGUCUCUGGUUUCUCACCCUUAUUUUGCUCUGUGUGGGUAAACUCAGAAAGAUAACACCUGAAGAAUCCAAGUACACGCAAGCGUGAAAUUUGGGACUCCAUGGGCCAGACUAUCAAAUUCCACCAGUUUCUUCUUAAAUGAAGAAGAAAAGAGAAAAGCCUUGAAAUAAGAUUCAACAUGCUUUUUAAAAGGGAGCAGAAGAAGAAAAUGUCCAAUUUCAUCAAGAAUAAUAGUACUUUUAUACUUAGUUUCAAAGGGUUGUGAUUUGGCCCUUAUAGUUUUCCUCUUUAUGUAGUUUAAUAUCUAGAAUUAUUUCCAUAAACAUUUGCAGAAUUGAAUCAACAGGAAGAAUUUGUGAAAUACCCAGUUAUGUUCCCAGCAUCAUCUUGACACUCAGGGAUACAAAAAAAAAGAAUAACCAAGAGCCAUUCUAUAGAUAAAUAUAAUAUAAAUAUAGAUAAAUAGUCAAAGUCAUGAACAGCUUUUGGAAGAAUUGCAAAUUCUAAAUUACACUAAUUGACAUUUGGAAACUUCCUCAAAAUCAGGAUGAGAAAUGCAAAUUAAAACAACUCUUGAGUUUUCAUCUCUCGCCCUGAAAAUUGACCAAGAAAACAAAAAGGAUAGUUAACAUUGGAGGAGUUGUGGGAAGCAAGGAAUAUUCAUAUACUCUUGGUAAUGUUGUGAAUUGAUCCAUCUAGUUUGGUUACCUAUCUGAAAUUAUGCAAAAGUGUGACAUCACUGUUCAUACCUUUCAACCCAAUAAAACCUUCUACUAGAUAUAUACUCAAAGAAAUCCCAAGAUAAAAACAAAUCAAGUACUGUGUAACCACAUGUACAAAAAGAAAAAAAAACCUCUGGAAAUUAGAUGGAAUAAAACUAAAUUAGCAUAUAAAUAUUACUGCUACAAUAGAAAAGAGGGAAAAAAUCACAAGAUUUUUCAGUUCUGAGUGACUGAGAAAGCAAAAAAAAAGUUUUAGAGAACAGUUCAGGGAACAUAUUUGUCUCCUUUGACAAAAGUGAGGGGGAGGCAUAUUGAGGGAAAAUGUAUAUAUUUUCAGAUAAUAGUGACUAUCAAUUUUAUUUAAUUUUUUUUUCUUUGUUAUAAAGUAGGAUUGGAUAGGGGGCAGGGCAGGACAAUGGUAUAGAACUAGGGGAAAAUGUGAUGUAAAAGCAAAAGGCAUCAAUAAAAAAUAUUUUUUAAAAGUAGAAGACUUGAUUGGGUACAUUGCAAGCAUCCAAAAUUAUUUUCUUUCCCAAAGCAGUUCUUUCUCCUGGAAUAAUUGUAUUAUCGUUCUUCUGUGUCAUUCAAGCUUGAAAUCUGAGAGACAUCUUAGACUCCCCCCGCCCCCAACCCCGCCACACACACAUACACCAGUUUCUAUGUCCAAUUGUCAAAUCCAGUCCUUAUCUUCCUCAAAGUUGACUCUUCUCUUGCUACAUUCCAUUCUCAUUAACACAGCCUAUAGGUCAAUCCCUUGUUAUCAUGUGAUUGAAUUCAAUAGCUUCUCCUUGAUCCCAGUCUACAAUUUCUCCCAUCCCAAAUCCAUCCUACUCACCUACCACAAAAAUUAAUCUUAAUCAAAAGAUCAUCUCCCAGGAGUGAGUGGUACAGUAGGAAAAGUCUGAGGGUCCAGCUGAGAAGUUCACCUGUGGUGCUCGAUAGCUAUGUGAAUUUGGCUAAAUCAAAUAACUUCUAUGAACCUCAGUUUCCUCAUCUGUAAAAAGAGG